CCCUGCCAAAGGCUAGUAAUAAUCUAAUAAUAUCCUACUGUUGAUAGGUCCUACAUUCUAAACCCAGGCGAGGCCACAUGCUUGACACGUAAAAAGAAAAAACUUACAGUGGUUGACAUGGUUAGCCAUUCUGCCUCCAUGGUUGAGCUGCCAUUAGGCCAAGGCCGGCUGUAGUGUAAAUAAACUUGAAGUUAUACACCAGGGCGGGCCUACAUUGUCCGUGUAGUGUCUCAGCAUUUUAGCUGAAGAUCAUGCAGUUUGCAGAAGUUACAAGCCUGAAGUUGCUUUGCUUGAAACAGUUCUCCGAGUUGGUGGCAGAGGAUCGCAUUCACCUUCAUAGUCUAGAAGAAUUCCCCUCUCGUCUCCUGAGAGACCUUGUGCCUGUGCUGAGCAUAAAUGACUUGGCGAGACUACAUCAAAUUCUCCGAGAGAAAGGUAUUGGUGUGCAACAAUACUGGUUGAAGUUUUAUCGUCAGGCUUUCCAGGAAGACAGAUUGGCGAGGCAGUGUGCUUGCCAUGACAGCAGUUUGGCCAGUUUGGACUGGCGACAGAGGCUUCUUGAAAAGAGGUGUGAGCAAGAGCUCCAGAAGUUGGGUCCCUCACCAAGUGAGGGAACAGAAGAGCUAGACACAUUGAGUUUGAAGAUUCUGGACAUUUUACGGAAUCCACUCUCCACUCAUGGACCACUGGAUGAUUUCUUCCCGUCUUUGCUGGUUCUUCACAGUGAUAUUCUUCCCUAUGUUCAGAGGAAUGAGGAGAUAAUGAAGAUUCUACAGAAGAGUUUGAGAGAGCUGGUGCUGACUGACUACCUUCCCAAGUAUGAGAGCAUCUUGCAGCAGUUCCUGGAGUUUCUGAUUCAUCAAGGGGUCUUGAGAAAGUUCACUCUGAAGCAUCCUGUGUGUGAGACAGGUGGCCACUUGUUCAACAUCUUCAAAGUGUGUUCCGGAGUACUUGGUGAGAUCAUGGAAAGUGGCAAGAGGCAUGUUGCAGUGCCAUGCUGCAGGGGAGAAUGCUGCAACCCAUAUUCCUCAGAGCCUGACCUGGAUGGCCAAAGCAAAUUGAGCACUCAAGACAAUUCUCUCUUUUCCCAAAUUGACCCUCUCAGCAGUACCAACCCAGCAAGUCAUCGAUGCCAGAGGACUGUUGACCACUGCAUACAGCAUCUGGUCUUGUGUGAUUUUUCCUUCAGCAACCAGCCAGAUCACAUGCAGAUGCUGGAGAAACUGUUUGGCAUAUGGCCAGGCCUGAGAGAGCUCGAAUUCGUGAACUUCAGGAAGAGUGGGGCAUGGGAGAUUACUUGUAUCAAGGUACUUUCAGCACUGAUCAGGGGACAGAGACCCACACCUCCAUUGCAGAGACUGCGCAUUCACGGGAGCAGUGUUAAUGAUGGCACUCUACUCUGGCUGGGUGAUUUAUUAUUAAGAUCAGAGUUCAAGAUGCUGGAGCUGGAAGGGACUAAUGUUCUAUUCAAUAUCAGAAAUACAGACAGUGAGAGAUUCAUUCAAUUGGGCAACAGGCGUCUGCAGAAAGAUGUUUUUGCUCAGCUCAGUGUGCUGGAUAUGAAGUUCCACAUACUGAUUUCCCCUCAUUACCUGGAGAGCGCCCUCUUGCAGCCAGAUUGUACCAUCACCGUGCUAAACCUGGAGUACUGCCAGCUGGGGACACCAAAGGUGGACAGCCUUUUCAUCCAUGCUAAAAACAGCCAAUGUCUUCGUGAACUGAGUGUGGUGCGUAAUGGAUAUAGCCCUCACAGGAGUGAUUACGGUCCAGCUGGUUAUUCUGGCCUGGCCCAACUUAUGCAAAGUGGCCAUCUCACCAAAUUGAAUUUAGGUGGAUGUGGUUUUGCAUUGACAGGUUGGGCCCAUGCCACAGAUUUUGUGGAAGCCUUGCGUCUCAACUUUUCUCUUCAUCAACUUCUCCUGGAUGCCAAUUGUUUGACUGAUGAGUGUCUACAUCUGCUUGGCAGUGCCUUUGUCAAUUCCUUGCCGGAAACUGACGGUCAAGCCUCGAACCUGUGCCUCGACCUCAGCUUCAACAGUGAAAUUACCCAUGACGGAAUGGACAGGUUCAGCCAAGCAAUCCUAGCUAGCACCAAGCAAGGUCGCCGAAGUAGCCGUCUCUGCCACCUGACAUUGACGAAGGAAGAAGGGGAGAACAACCCUGGUGUGCACUGGGAGCUGGCUGAGCUAAUGAAAUUGACUGUAAAUCGCGCAGCGUCCUUCGAGUUGCCCCUUAAUUCUGACCGUGGACACAUCUCGGAUUAUAGAGGCUGGAGGAUGGAGCAUCAGUCACAGACUUGAGGGGGGGGGGAAUUA